AUGGCCUCUGGAUACGGUCUUCACGGAGGCCCGUCGCGGUGCUUCCCCUUCUGGCAGGAGGUCCUUGGCUGCUACGUUAUCAACACCGCUGGAGAGGACCACUCGGGAAAGAAGAAGUGCGGCUUGGCUCUGGAGGAUUACUAUGAGUGCUUGCACCACAAGAAGGAGGCUGCGAGAACAAGGGCGCUUCAGGCCGCUUACCGAAAGGCCGAAUCGGCCAGUGCACGAGAUAACGCGCCGAGUGCGGGCCAAAUACGCAACCUGGGACUUCUCGGCAAGGAGGAUGACACGAAGGCCGUGACGGGGUCUAGUUGA